AUGAAUGGGUUUGGCUGCAGUCUCGCCGUCUGCACCUGCGAGCUUAUAUUUGGACUGAACCCAAGAGUCGGGUGGAAGCUGCAGAAGAGGCCCUCGUCUUCAUCACUGCAGCCUGAGCCCACAUGGCCCAUCAGAGCGGAUGUAAAGAUGGGCUGCUGUCUGUUUGUCUACUACCGACGGAAGAAGAGAAAGCAGGAGAGCAGAGAUGUGGACUCCCUCAGUCUGUGCAGCCUCGACAUCAACGAGCCCAGUACGAAGCGAUCCAAACCCAUCUCCAGGGUCACGUCUUUGGUCGGUCUUCUCCCUCCGGUGAAAACAGCUCCACUGAAGAGGAUCGGCCUCAGUCUCCAGCGUUCCAUCAGUUUACGCGCAGACAGCCGCACUGAGCCGCCUCCGGCCUCUUCCUCCGUUUCCGUAGUGAAAACUCGAUUCGUCGCAGCCACCAAGUCCAGCCCCGGUUCCUCGGCAACCAUCCCUCGCGUCUCCACGGGAACAGCAGCAUCGUUGGCGUCCGGGUCCAAGCGGCGGGACAGCAAACUCUGGAGCGAGACCUUCGACGUGCGGCUGUCGCAGACUCUGAGCCCGAAAGAAAUCAAGAGACAAGAGGCCAUCUUUGAGCUGGUUCAGGGGGAGCAGGACCUGGUGGAGGAUCUCAAACUGGCCAAAAAGGCGUACCACGACCCCAUGAGGACUCUGUGCAUCAUGACUGAGCAGGAGCUGAACCAGAUCUUCGGGACUCUGGACUCUCUGAUCCCUCUGCACGAAGACCUGUUGAGUCGACUCAGGGAUGAGAGGAAAUCAGACGGAUGCACUGAACACGUGGGACACAUCCUCACACAGUGGGUGCCGUGUCUGUCUGAAUACACCCCGUACUGCAGUAACCAGGUGAAGGCCAAAGCACUGCUGGACCAGAAGAAGCAGGAGUGCAGGGUGCAGGAUUUCCUCCAGCGCUGCCUGCUCUCUCCCUUCAGCAGGAAACUGGAGCUGUGGAGCUUUCUGGACAUCCCACGGAGCCGGCUCGUCAAAUACCCCCUGCUGCUGAGAGAGAUCCUGCGCCACACCGACAACGAGCACCCGGACCGGCAAGGACUGGAGGAGGCGAUGGCGAUGGUGCAGAGCGUGGUGGCAGACAUAAACCGGCAGACGGGAGAGUCGGAGUGCGAGUUUUACAAAGAGAGACUGGUUUAUUCUGAGGAAGGACAAAGACACGAGUUGAUCGACCGCUCCCGAACGCUGAGCUGCCACGGAGAGCUGAAGAACCACCGGGGAGUGAAGCUGCACGUUUUCCUCUUCCAGGACGUGCUGCUCAUCACUCGCUCCGUCACCAGCUCGGAACAGCCAAUCAGGUACCAGCUUUGCCGUCAGCCAAUCCCCCUCGAGCACCUGGAGCUGGAGGACCUAUCGGACGGGGAGAUGAGAGUGGGCGGGUCCAUCCGAGGAGCGUUCAGCAACAACGAGAGAACCAAGAACUUCUUCAGAGUCUUGUGUAAAGUGGGAGGACAGAGCCACUGUUUCCAGGCCAGUGACACUUUUAACAAACAACAAUGGAUGAACUGUAUCCGCCAAGCCAAAACCACGCCCACACCGAGGACCCCCACGUGCCCAGGACGUGUCCCAGACGAGACCGGGGGCCACAGGUUGGACAAUGCUCCCACAAACCCCAUCAACGUCACGGGACAAGACUUAGAAACAGAAGCAGCCAGAGAUAUGGAGGUGGAAGGCGUGGAUGAAGCUGGAUUAGAUGGAGAUCAGAUUGUACUUGAUGAACGACAUGUGGAGAGUAGAAUGGAAGAGGACAGUGUUGUUGAACCGUCUCCAGCUCAGCAGAAGAAAACCAUUCACAACCAGGAAGUAAACAAAGAAAUGGACUCUAUACAAGAAACAGAGGGAGCCAUGCAAGAGGAAUCAUGA